GAAAUGGUGGCCAGUUUUUGGGCAUGUUACAGAACCGAAUCGGUUUUGGGGUAUAAAUACUAUUCAUUCGAGGAUAACAGCAUCAUUCAGCCUUCUGCAUUUCCCCGGUCAACAGUUUUGAACUGUGCUCAGAUUAGAACAUCAAUAUGGCAUUCAAGAUCUUCGGAUUGCUAGCAUUUGCGGCGGUGGCCGGUGCCCAGAGUGGUAUCGGUUAUUACGGUCAACACCUUCAAAAGCAGGUCGAAGUGCAACCAGAAUAUAGCUACCAGCAACAACCUCAAGUGCAAGAGCAAGAAGAACUCCAAUACCAGCCGCAAACCCAAGUCUACCAGGAGCAACCCCAGCAGGUUCAAAUCCAGCAGCAGCAGAUCCAAAUCCAACAAGUUCAACCUCAGCAGGUGCACUAUCAACCACAACAACAACAAAAACACUACCAUCACCACGAGGAAGAACACCAUGCACCCGCUCACUACCAGUUCACGUACGGAGUCCACGAUGACCACACCGGGGAUGUCCACGGGCAGCAGGAGUCCCGGUCGGGAGAUAAAACCGAGGGUCAGUACUAUCUGAUCGAUGCCGACGGUCACAAGCGGAUCGUAACGUACCAGGUGCACGGAAAGAGUGGAUUCGUGGCUCAGGUUCAGCGGGAACCGAUCAAGGGAUACCAGGCCCCGCAGCAACAUCAGCAGCACUUCCAACAACAGCAUCAUCAUCAUCAGGAGCAGCAGCAACAGCAGCAGGAAUAUUAUGUGAUACUGCUGGUGGCAGCUGUCGGAGCGGCCAGCCUCCAGGAUCGUAGUCGGGAUCAGUCUCAACAACAGCAACAGCAGCGGCAUCCUGCCACCGAUUCUCAAGACCAAAGAAGCGACGAUUCGGUGGGAUACGACUUCUCGUACUCGGUCCACGAUCCCAACACCGGAGAUGUCAAAAGCCAGGAGGAAUCUCGCCGAAACGGAAACGUCCGUGGUCGCUACUCGUGGGUUGAUGCCGACGGAAACCGACAGAUUGUGGACUAUCAGGCUGACGAUCGCAACGGAUUCAACUCGGAACAUCGACAGGAACCAGCUGUCAGACCACGACCAAGCCACGUCCUCGUCCCGGCUCCGCUGUACACCAUUGACACCGUGAUCGCUCCGGUUUGGACAUCGGCAACCCGUUCAGACAACUCCCGAAGCAGAAGCCGCCAGGACCGCAACCGCAGCGAUCAGGAUCGUGAUCAAGACCGGGACCAGCAAGAUCGCGAUCAGCGAAACCAGCGCGACGGUCAGGACAACGAUCGUGAAAACCAACGCAACGAGCAGGACAACCGCGAAGAUCGUGACAGCCGUGACAACCGGGAUAACCGUGACAACCGUGAUAGCCGUGACAACCGCGACGGCCGCGAUAACCGCGAACAGCGUCGGGAUGAUCAGCGCCGGGAUGAGCAACAGCAGCGCCAGCGUGGUCGUGACGAGCGAAGCCGUGGACGUGACUCGCAUGCCCAGUCCGAGGUGCGAUUCCAAGCUGCCGAUGUUGCGUACCACAAUCAUCUUGAAAUGGCUUUCAAAUUCGCCGCCGUGUUUGCCGUCCUAGCCGUGGCCAGUGCCGGCGUUGUUCCGGUGCAGCAGCUGCACACGCAGUACCACGAACCGGCCGCGCACAUCGCGUACCACCAGCCCCAACCGGCCCUGAUCAAAACCGUGGCCCAACCGACGCUCGUGAAGACCUACGCGCAACCCACCCUGGUGAAGACGAUCUCCCAGCCAACGCUGGUGAAACAGGUCGAAAUUCACGACGAUCACAACGCCCAGUACGACUUCUCGUACGGAGUGCACGACGAGCACACCGGAGACAUCAAGAGCCAGCACGAGACCCGCCACGGAGAUCAGGUCCAAGGCCAGUACAGUCUGAUCGAUUCUGAUGGCCACAAGCGCACCGUGGAGUACACCGCUGACGAUCACAACGGAUUCAACGCCGUGGUGCACCGGGAGCCAACCGAAUUCAAGGUGCCCCAGCCAGUGCAGAAGAUCGCCAUCGCUCAACCGGUUACCAAAGUGAUUGCCCAGCCGGCUUAUGUUGCAGCGGCACCAGUCCAUGCGCACUACCACGAAGCUCCGGCGCACCACUACUAAGGAAGACAUACGAUAAUGAUCACGUGGUAAUUAAAUAGUUGUUUGCAUUUUUAGCAUUCCGUUUUCGAUAGGUACAAAUAAAUUACUCAAUAAAUGAUACAAAACACUUUUAUAAAUUUGAA